CGAACCGAGGAGGUAGCAGAGAAACCAGCGCAGCAGACGGUGGGUAGACGAGGUUCGUUGCGAAGUGCCGGUGGAGUUAAGGAGGUGGAUUCGAGGAGGGAGGAGAGGGGGAACGCGGGGGGUAUGGUGAGGACGAGGGCGUCCGAUGGAAUGCCACCGUCAGCGCACCCGCGCGCGUCAGCAUCGGCCAUAUUGGAGUCGGACGAGGAGGAGAACGAGGACGAAGAGGAGAAUAAACCGCUGGGUGACAUCCGAAGUCGACCUAGACGCGAGGUACCAUCUUCUGGAGUGGAUGCGGUCACGACUCCAAGAAGCACGAGGUCGGAGAGUUCAAGACAUCCGAUGGGAUCAUCGAGACGUAGGUCGAGGAGGGAUGAACUGGAUGAGACGACGAUCGAGCAAAAGGCCUUUAUGACGUCGGUUUGGAGAAUGGUAUCGAGUCACCGACACGCAGCCAUAUUCGCUCAGCCCGUAUCGGAUAGUAUUGCGAGAGGGUAUUCGAAGGUGGUGAAGAAUCGAAUGGAUCUGCAAACGUUGAAGAAGCAGGUGGAUUCGGGCAGAAUAGCGGAUAUGCUGGAUUUUAAGAGGAGGUUGUUGUUGAUGUUUGCGAAUGCGGUGAUGUUUAAUAGUACGGGACAUGACGUGAAUAAUUAUGCGAAGGAGAUGGCUGAUGACUCGUUGAAUGCGUUGAGGACAAUGCAAAAAGAUAUUUUGAAUAUGAAAGAGGGCGCACAUGUGACGAGGCGUGCGGCAGCUGCUGAAGAG